AGCGUCACAUGUUGUUUUUCUCCAGGAUCAGAUCAGUGCCUGCUCUGGUGCCACUGCACUGUCUCAUCUGCCACAGCUGACACACAUGUAAGUGUCUGCAAUGGAUUAGAUUCAAACGAGUUCUCUUUUCUUUUUAUUUAAAAAAACAAAACUUUUUAUUCUUGCUGGUUAUCCAGAAAAUAAGGACUGCGCUUGUUUUGCAACUUGGAAAUAGUAGUGGAGAGAAAUGGCAAGUCCUCCGACGACGGGAGGACACCUGUUAUCUAAUGGGACGAGUGGCGUGAAGAAGUGCGGUUACCUAAGGAAGCAGAAACACGGACACAGGCGCUUCUUCGUUCUGCGGGAGGCGACCGAGCGCUGUCCGGCGCGCCUGGAGUAUUAUGAAAGCGAGAAGAAAUGGAGGAACAAGUCCGCAGCUAAACGGUUGAUAUCUUUGGACUCAUGUCUGUGCGUAAACAAACGGGCUGACGCCAAACACAAGCACCUCAUCGCCCUCUACACCAAGGAUGAGUACUUUGCUGUGGCUGCGGACAACGAGCAGGAGCAGGAGAGCUGGUACACGGUUUUGACUGAUUUAAUAUCUGAGGGGAAAGUGUUCGACAGCCCCGCAGCCACCUCCUCCUUAGUUGGUUUUGAGGAGGCCAACUAUGGACUCAUUACUCCUGCAACUGCUGCAUAUAAGGAGGUUUGGCAGGUCAACAUGAAAUCCAAAGGCUUGGGUCAGAUCAAGAACCUCACAGGAGUGUACAGGCUGUGUUUGUCCAGCCGGACUAUCAGCUUUGUGAAAUUGAACUCUGAAACAGCAGCUGUCAGUUUACAGCUCAUGAACAUCCGCAGAUGUGGUCACUCAGACAGUUUCUUCUUCAUAGAGUUGGGGCGGUCAGCGGUCACUGGGCCAGGGGAGUUCUGGAUGCAGGCAGAGGACUCCGUGGUGGCACAGAACAUCCAUGAGACCAUCUUGGAGGCCAUGAAAGCCAUGAAGGAGCUGUCUGAGUUCAGGCCGCGAAGCAAAAGCCAGUCAGCAAGCACUAACCCCAUUUCUGUGCCCACACGACGGAACCUCAACAACCCCCCUCCUAGUCUGACUGGCCUGGUGAGGAGGUCCAGGACAGAUAGCAUGGCAGCCUCUUCCCCGGGGAGAAAGUUCACAUCCUGUCGGAUAAGAACGGCCAGUGAGGGAGAUGGAUGUGUAACCCGGCCCGUUUCCAUGUCCAUAUCUGUGAGUGGGAGUCCCACCAGUCUAAACUCUGGGAAUCACCUCAUCAGGUCCCACACCCUCAGCAGUGGGCGCACCUGCAGAAUGCUAGAGUCAGCCUCCAGCCUGCAUCACAGCCGUUCCAUGACAAUGUCCAACUCUCCUCCGGCUGCAUCCAGCCCCAUCAGUGUGUCUCCAAGAGGUGGGGCUAGUAUCUCCACUCCCGACAAAGCCAGGCGGCCGUUCAGCUGCAGCGCCUCCAUCUCUGGCUCCCUCAGUGACACAGGCUUCAUACUGUGUGAUGACUACAGCUCCAGUCCAUGUGAUCUCAAAUUUCUCCCCCUGACCCGCAGCAACACCCCUGACUCUCUGUCCAGCACACCUCCAUCACGUGACAUCAGUGACCCCUGUGGUUACAUGAUAAUGGAGGGUGCAAAUGGGAGUCAGACAUUCGACAAGGCUUACAGGAAGCGGACGCACUCCCUCACCACACCACGUCAGAAAAGGGUAGUGGCGCCGCUUUCCUCUGCCUCACUGGAUGAGUACACGCUCAUGAGAAUGGCACAUGGACAGAAUUGUCACUCCGCCUCACCCAAAGUCUGCUACCCUGAGGAUUAUGGAGACAUUGAAAUUGGUUCAUCCAGGAGCUCAAGUAGUAACAUCGGCGAUGAUGGUUACAUGCCGAUGACUCCAGGUGUAGCACCACACUCUGGAAAAGCAGAUAACUAUGUGCCCAUGAGCCCCAUGUGUGUCUCUGCUCCAAAGCAGAUUGUGAAUCCCAGGGUGCAUCCUCAGGUGGCUGCUGGUGGCAGCUUCAAAACCAACUCCCCCUGCAGUAGCUCUCUGGAGGACAACGGCUACAUGAGAAUGUGGUGCAGCUCCAAAUCCUCCAUGGAGAGCCUAGACAAGCAUGGUGAAUACAUGAACAUGUCACCCGGAAAUCCACCUUCUCUCCAGACUCCCCCUGACUACUACCAGGGUCCGGUUGCUUGUGAACCAGCAGCAGUGAAGUCAGCUCACCAGGCCGGCUCCUUAACAUUACCUGCUAAGCUUCAGACCACAAAGAAUGAAGAUAACAGCCAGUAUGUGUUGAUGAGUCCUCAGAGUUUGAGGCAGAAGGGUGGAGAGUCUGACUACUACUCAGUGAUGCAGCCCAGUGCAGCACAAACCUCACCGCUGAGCCCCUCAAUGCCGUCUCCUGUCAGGCACGGCCGCGUGGAAAACCCAGCCUACAGAGGGAGGUUGGGCAGACCCAACAGGUUAUCCCUCGACAGUGUGAGGACGCUCCCCAGCAUGAAUGAACACCCCCUGCCUGGAGAGCCCCGGAGUCCCGGGGAGUAUAUUAAUAUUGACUUCAGCUGCACUAGAUUCUCCCCACACUCCACCAUGUCCACAGAGAGCCAGUCCUCAUCUCUGGGCUCGAGUGGAGAGGUCCAGGGGAGGUCGUCGCUGACAGACUACAUAAACCUGGACCUGGGCUCACACUCACCAAAGGAGGCUGACACUCCUGCUGAGCGCCUGGACACACUCCCAGAGUUAUCUAUGUGCCCCUGCUCAGAGGAGGAUGGUGUGUACCAUCUGGGCAGUGAGAAAGGGUCUCAGGGCCUCGGAAAUGAGGUGAAAAAUGACUACACAGAGAUGGCAUUUGGAAUGACCAGCUCGCCCCCACAGCUUGUUCCUCAGAACACAGCAAGCCAGAGCAACAGGGAGAGGAGGCUCUCUCAAGAGGUCCAGGGAGUCCCAGAACGCAUCGGGGUUUUCCUGCUGGGGGCCACAUCAUCCAACACAGUGGACCCUGACUGCUCUGCCAAGGUGAUCAGGGCCAACCCACAGGGACGCCGGCGCCACAGUUCCGAGACGUUCUCCUCCACUGCCACUGUAACUCCUGUCUUCCCCUCCUUCGCUCAUGGCGAACUGGUGAGGAGGCCCAGCUCAGUUGAGAACAUCUCAUCCCGCAGCAGUGAGGGCUCUGACGAGGAGUAUGGCAGCCCAGUGAACCGCCAGACCUCAGCUGGCUACCCCAAUGGACUGAACUAUAUUGCCUUGAACCUGCUGGACAACAGAGAUGUGAAGAAAUGCGAAGAUCUGGUUGGCUUCAAUCCCACUAGCUGCAAAGGGGGCAUCAAUGGAUUACUCAGCACUCCAUACGUCUGUUUGGGAUUCAAGGAGGCUGCCACCACUGCCAAAGACUGAGAGACUCCUCCGUCCUCUGACUUGGCAUCUUCAUCAACCUGCUGCUCAAAUAACAACUUUGCCCUUCCACCUGGUUCUGAGGCCACGAAAGACUCUCGGCAACAAACACACACACGGGAACACAUGCGAGUAGGAUGCGAGCACGUCACCAGCCGUGCAUGUCAUGAAUUUGCUAAAGACAGGAGAGGUGUUCUUAUGCGUGCUUGUGUGUGUGUGUAUAUUGGUGAGUCUCAUGUUUCCAUUUCCCCUGUGACCCAAAUUGUGGGGCAAGCACAGAAACAAAGAUAGUCAGACAAUAACAAAGCAUGUAUGGUAUGAUCUACAUACUAUUUAUUUACUUAUGACAACCUAUGUGAGUGCAAGUGUGUGUUUCUGCAGAAAAGGUAUGAAACCUACUAUAAAAAUGCCCAGGGAGUACACUGAGGAUAUAACUAUAUUUAGAUUAGAUAUCUUAUUUAUUUUUGAAAGAUGAAUGUCUGAUAAGACCCACAUGAUGCCUUAAUGUCUAUACUGUCCUUAUGUUUUCUAUGAAAUUACAAAUAUUCUAUUACGGUAUAUCUGUUUGGACCUACAUCUCUAUAUUGUUAUUCUUUGUGGUUUACCCUUCAAAUAUAUUAUUACAGAAAUGUACAGUACAGUACAGUAAAGCUGCUCGAGAUCAGAUUUAUCGUAUUGAUAUUAAAGUAUUUUCUUAAUUCCUAAUUACUUAUUUAUUCUAACCCAGUUUAUUUUCUUUUGUCCAAUCAAAACGCUGGACUUUAAGAGAUCUAUUUCUUCAUGACUUCAAGAGUUUUGCAUGUGUUUGUAACUCAGCUCAGAUCCCACAGUUCCUCAGUCACUUGAGCCUGAAAACCUCACACACUCCUACCUUCAAACCUGCCUCCUGCUUUAUUUUGUUUAGCUCGAAGCAGGCUGCUCUCCUGUGAUAUCAUUCGAAGGUACUGUCUAGGUGAUUAUGGACGGGGUGCGUGGAGCCAGUGGGUUAAGAAAAUCUAGUCGAAGCAGUUUUUAACCCCUAAGUUUGAGGGGAGGAGAAGAGAGAGAUGUCAGCAGUGUUGGACGAGCACUGAGAGGAGGAGGGCUCUGGGGAAAAAAGUCGGAGAAAAAGAAAGCAACGGUCACAUCUGGCACCAUUAUGGAGGUUCAACGGAGAAUCAGCUGUCUGGAAGAUGUGGCAGACAACAUGAGAAACUGUAGCUGGCAGAAGACAAUUAUGCAAUAUUACGAGUUAGAGGAAGACUAUAAAACCACACAAGAGCAUGACACGUAUGUAACAGGUCAGGGGUGUAAUGGUACAGGCAUUUGUUUUAUUUUAUUCGGUACAAAACACCAAACUGUGUUUACAAUGAAUGAAACUAUGAUUUUCAUUUGUUAUUGAAUUUAUAUCCGGCACAAGUGUUACAGCAGGGUGGGCAAAGUGGGCCACAUGCUAAAAGAGUGGUUGAUGUCUUUCUUCUUUAAAUUAUAUAACCAGCUACUGUACGUACAGGAGACUGCAACUACUUUAUGGUGAGAAACCUGUUAACACGGCCGGCCUGCCAAUACAGAUCUCUCCUUUCUAAUUUCUAAAUGAGUGGUGUCAUAUGAAAAUGUAAGUACAUUUAUGUGAAAUGAUUCCAAAUAUUGUCAAAAAAGAAUCCAUAAACAAUAAUUGGAAAAGAAAAAAAGGUGUUGGUUCCAUAUAGGGCCCUCUUGGGUCCCUCUUGGGUCCCUCUUGCCCUGAAAAAAUGACUGAAAUGCCCCUGAUAAUUGAUUGGAUGUUUUAAAUGUUUUAAACAAAUUAAACAGAGAUUACACAAAAUAAUGUGUCUGCAAUUUGAAAAGAUUUCUUCAGAAUAAAUUCAACUUGAGACAAAUUUUGAGUCAUGGAGGAACUAAACAUUAAAAAGUGUACUAUACUAGUAUAUUUAGUAUAAUUCUGCUGCCUCUCCUGAGCUUUCAAACUGGCUGCCAGAGCGUUUGCAGUAACAUUAUCUGAGAGCCAAUUCAUCGUCCACUGUGCUGACUCCAGCUGGCUUACACCCCCCGGUAGUGUGCAUUAGAUUGUAAAUCAUUUAACCACAUCUGAAUAUCUGAAUGUAUGCCUGAGCUGGUGGGAACACCACAGAAACACAGCGCGGGAAACAUGUUCUGACACAGCUGAGUAACAUUGGAGCCGUACCGUGCCGUUAUGGUACAUAUUUAUCUUCAGAGUCUUGAAUGUGUACAGUAUAUAUUGUGUACAUAGACAGAGUUUAACGAAAAGAAACUGUUGAAAAUACUUAGAUUUUACCUACAGUAUGUUGCAAUGAUAUUCCUCUGUAAGGACUUUGGCUACGGAUUUUUUUAAGAAGGGGGGGGGUUUUGCUUCGAGUAUUGUACGCUUCUCUCCCUCUGUGACUAUAUGAAAAAAAACAACUGUCUAUUUUAUUAUAAAAAUCUCUCUGCCUUGUUGACACACUUUACCUGAUGGCAUAUGCAAUAGUGACAGGAAUACAAUCUAGUUUACAACUGUGGAACCAUAUGUAACAUUGCUUUAAUAAUGUUUUUUUUUUUUUUUUUCUCUUUCUGCCAAGUGUUUUGUUUUCACCGCUGGUAACUAUUGUUCAUGUUUCAAAGCGCUUUCCUCUGUCCUCUUUCGCAGAUUGAUCUCAGACUGACUCGGUUUGAAUGUCGUCUUCCAUUGUACAUAGAUCAAUAUACUGUUUAUUGUGAUGCCCACAAGAGAUGACUAUGAUAAUAAUGAUUUCUAAAUUCUGGUCGUAGUAUUGCUUUUGUCUGUAUUGAUUAUGGAUAGCAACCUACAGAAAUAAAUGAAUUUAUUUAAAGAGGUA